AUGCUUGAAAGCAGAGAGGGCUCCAUCAAGUAUGUGUUUCCUCUUACCUUUGCCCUGGUAAAUCCCCUAAACGUUUUGUCAAUUAUCAGGAUGGAAUUCGAUUUUGACGCUGUCAACGAGGAGGAUUCGCCGUUCCCCGAAGUUCGCGCCUCUGUGUCGAAUAUUGACGACCCGGAGAUGCCAGCUAUGACGAUACGGAUGUGGUUCAUCGGCUUGCUGCUUUGCAUGCUAGGAGGUGCCUUGAAUGUUUUCUUCAACUUCCGGCAACCAGCGCCCAGCGUCUCACCACUAGCCCUCCUUCUGGUCUGCUACCCGAUUGGCAAACUCCUCGCCUUCAUCUUACCCAUAACAACCUAUCGGCUACCCCGCUUCCUUGGCGGAUUCGAGUUUUCGCUGAACCCGGGCCCGUGGAAUAUCAAGGAACAUGUUCUCGUGUACAUCAUGGCCAAUGUUGCCAUUGGCCCGCCGUACGCGCUCAACAUGAUCGUGGUCUCACAAAUCAAUUAUGGCAUCAAAAACCUCGAUUACUGGUUCAGCGUGCUACUUGUCGUUGCCACCCAGUUGACUGGAUUUGGCCUCGCGGGCAUGUGCAGACGGUUCUUGGUCUGGCCGGCGUCGAUGGUGUGGCCGCAGAAUCUGGUGACGUGUACGCUGUUGAACACGCUCCACGCCGAGGACGAUAACAGCUCGGGAGGCAUCACGCGGUAUAGGUACUUCAUGAUGGUUCUUGCUGGUGCCUUCUUCUUCUACUUCGUUCCUGGAUACCUCUUCCAAGCACUCUCGGUGUUCUCCUUUGUCUGCUGGAUCGUGCCCAAGAACGUCCCCGUGAACCAGUUGUUUGGCGUCGAGUCGGGUCUGGGCAUGAGCAUUAUCACCUUUGAUUGGUCGCAGAUCUCGUGGAUCGGCAGCCCAUUGAUGUACCCUUGGUGGGCCGAGGCGCACAUCUUCUUCGGAUUCGUGCUGUUCUUCUGGAUCAUCACCCCUCUGAUGUACUACACCAACACCUGGGACCUCGCCUACUUCCCGAUCAACGACAACAACCCGUACGAUCGAUUCGGAAAACCAUACGACGUGACGCGCGUACUCGACUCGUCCCUGCGGUUCAACGAGACGGCGUACUUGGCGUACUCGCCGCUUUAUUUGCCCGCGACGUACGCGAUGACGUAUCUGCUCGCGUUCGCGCUGUCGACGUGCGUGCUCGUGCAUACGGUGCUGUACCACGGCCGGAGCCUCAUCAACGGGGCGAAGCGGAUCCGGGUCGAGCAGGACGAUAUCCAUGCGAAGCUGAUGCGCAAUUACCCCGAGGUGCCGGACUGGUGGUAUGCGAUUGUGCUCGUUGGGUUUUUCCUUCUUAUGGUUGUGGUUGUUGAGGUUUGGCAUACGUCGGUACCCGUGUGGGCGCUGCUGCUUUCGGUGCUGCUGCCUAUUAUCUACGUGCUGCCAUCGGGUUUCAUUUUUGCGAUGACUGGACAAGGGAUUACGCUGAACUUGCAGGCUCAGGUUAUUCCCGGUGUCUUGUUGUCGGGUGAUCCGCUCGCGAACAUGAUUUUCAAGGCGUAUUCCGUGCAGACUCUUUCAGAAGCGUCGUCAUUCGUCCAAGAUUUGAAGCUCGGUCAUUAUAUCAAGGUCCCUCCCCGUGCCACGUUCUUGGUCCAGAUGGUCGGUACCCUCUGCGCCUCGUUCGUUCAAGUCGGUGUCAAGGAAUGGAUGUUUGCGAACGUGAAAGAUAUCUGCUCGCCCACGCAAGAGAGCUCCCUCACGUGCCCGCACAACCAGGUGUACUUCACAGCCUCUGCUAUCUGGGGUUUGAUGGGACCUACACGGCAAUUUGGACCCAAUACGCUGUACCAUCCUGAGCUGUACGCGAUCAUCGUCGGCGCGCUGCUCCCGCUUCCGUUCUGGCUGUGGCAGCGGCGGUACCCGAACUCGUGGGUCAAGUUCGUGAGCACGCCCGUCAUCCUCAACGGCACGUCAUAUAUCCCACCUGCGGCGGGUAUCAACUACUCGGCGUGGUUUGCGGUGGGCUUCGUGUUCCAAUACUUGAUCCGGAAACGCAAUUUUGCGUGGUGGAGCAAGUUCAACUAUAUCACGAGUGCGGCCCUCGAUAGCGGCACCGUUUUAUCUGUUAUCGUCAUCUUUUUCACUCUUGCAUUACCCAAUGGCGGCGUUAGUCUCAAUUGGUGGGGGAACACCGUCUUCUCGCAGACUGCGGACUUCAACCGCAUGGCGCUAAAACAGACACCAUCCGGCGGAAUACCUUUAAUAUCAUAA